AUGAGUUUCCAUAAUAGAACGAAUUCAGCAUCAAGUGAUGGAGAUCCCUUUGAUAUUCCAGAAAAGUAUUAUGGGAUCAACACUGAUCCAGCAACCGCUAAAAAGGAUUCGAGGUUUGGAAGAGUAAGAACAUUUUCGGUUUUUGAACCAAAAUCAAGCUCAAAAUCAGAUUUAUUAAGUGAUGAUAGUCCUGACGAUAAGAGUGAUCCUACUAGUUUAAAUGCUAGUAGUGUUGACUUACAUUCACCAAGUUCGGACGAUAUUAUAUUACAAUCUCAACAUGCAUAUCAGGUUGAACAUGGGAACUCAAAUAGAAGACCCUCAAUUGUUCCAAUUUAUAAUCAAGAUUCCCCGUUUGAUGAUGCAAAGGAUAAACUCCCCAAUCCCUUAAGUAAAAAUCCAAUUUCUUUCCGUAGAGCUUCUUUAGAUGAUAGUAUUAUUAGACCCAAGAAAUUUUAUAUAAAUGAUAUUGAUUUGACUUUGAAAGAAUUAUUGGAAAAUGAAGAUACUGAUCAUAAUUAUCAAAUUACAAUUGAAGAUACUGGACCAAAAGUAUUAAAAUUAGGUACGGCUAAUUCAAAUGGGUUUAAAAAUUCCGCAGUUAGAGGUACCUAUAUGUUGUCAAAUUUAUUACAAGAGUUAACCAUUGCUAAAAGUUAUGGUAGAAAUCAAUUGAUCAUUGAUGAAGAUCGUUUAUGUGAAAAUCCAGUUAAGAGAUUGAAAAGAUUAAUUAGUACUCAAUUUUGGAAAGCUUUAACUAGAGAAAUCACCGAAGAUAACAUUGUUGAAUUAGCAAAAGAUACUAAAAUUGUUGAAGAAUAUACCGAUGAAAAUGGUGAAUAUCAUAAAAAUCGUGAAAGUAUUCGUAUCUAUAUCCCCCACGAUAGAUCGGAUCAAUACGAUUUCUUCAUGAGAAUUAAACAGAAUCAUCCUCAAAUAACCUUGGAUGUUCAAUACUUACCAGAAAAAAUUGAUGGUGAAUAUAUCAAAUCAAUCAAUAAAAAACCCGGGUUGCUUUCUUUGGCUUCUCAUCCAGAUCCUAACAAUCCCGAGAAAUUGAUUUUCGAACCUUAUGUUGUCCCCGGUGGUCGUUUUAAUGAAUUAUACGGUUGGGAUUCCUACAUGAUUGUAAUUGGUUUAUUGGUUGACACUACCCCAAAUGAUCAUACUUAUUUACGUUUAGCAAGAGGGAUGACCGAAUCGUUUAUUUAUGAAAUUAAAUACUAUGGGAAGAUUCUAAAUGCAAAUCGUUCUUAUUAUUUGGGCCGUUCUCAACCCCCAUUUUUGACCGAUAUGGCUUUAAGGGUGUUCAAUAAAUGGAUUGAAAUUCAACCCGAAUCUUUAAAUGACGGUCUUGAAUUCUUACAAAGAGCGGUUUUGGCUGCAAUAACCGAAUACGAAACCGUUUGGUGUUGUAAACCAAGAUUAGAUGAAAAAACCCAAUUAUCCUGCUAUCAUCCAAUUGGUGUUGGGGUCCCUCCAGAAACCGAACCGUCCCAUUUCAACGCUAUUUUAAAACCUUAUAGAGAAAAGUAUAAUUUAAGUCAAUUAGAAUUUAUCGAAAAAUAUAAUAAUCAUGAAAUUGAUGAACCUGAUUUAGAUGAAUACUUCUUGCAUGAUCGUGCAGUGAGAGAAUCCGGUCACGAUACUUCUUAUAGAUUAGAAGGUAAAUGUGCUCAUCUUGCUACUGUUGAUUUAAAUUCUUUACUUUAUAAAUACGAAGUUGAUAUCUCUUUCAUUAUUGAUACUUUUUUCCACGGUGAGUUGAAGAAUCCAAGAACUGGUGUUGUUGAAACUCCCUCUAAAUGGGAUAAAUUAUCCAAAAAUCGUCGUGAAAACAUUAAUAGAUACUUAUGGAAUGAUAAUGAUAAUAUUUAUUAUGACUAUAAUGUCGUUACUGGGAAACAAACCUGUUAUGAAUCAGCUACUUGUUUUUGGCCAUUAUGGUCAAAAGCAGCCACUACUGAACAUGCUAAAAAAUUAGUCACCCAUUCUUUAUCAAAAUUUGAAGAAUUCGGUGGUUUGGUUAGUGGUACUUUGAAAAGUCGUGGUGGAAUUGGUAUCCACCGUCCUUCUCGUCAAUGGGAUUAUCCUUACGGGUGGGCCCCUCAACAGAUUUUGGCCUGGAUUGGCUUAUCCAAUUAUGGCUUUGAUGGUAUCGCUCGCCGUUUGGUUUACCGUUGGUUAUUCAUGAUGAUUCGUGCUUUCGUUGACUACAAUGGGGUUGUUGUUGAAAAAUAUAACGUGGUCGAAACUGAAGCUCCCCAUAAAGUCGAUGCUGAAUACGGUAAUCAAGGUGCAGACUUCAAAGGUGUUGCAAAAGAAGGCUUUGGCUGGGUUAAUGCCAGUUUUGAAUUCGGUUUAUCCUUUUUAAACUUACAUGCUGAAAGAAACUUGGGUACCCUAACUCCUCCUGACGUCUUUAUGAAGAAUUUACACGAAUCCCAGAAAGAUUUAUAUAGUUAA